UAUAAUAUAAUUUAUUUUCAAUAAAUUUUUAGAAUUUAUUUUCUAAAAUUAAUUAAUUUAUGUUUUAAUUAGUGAGAAUAAAAUAUUUUUUUUUAAAAAAAAAAAUUGACAUUGCACCCAUUAAAUGACAUGGACCAAUUAAGAGUGGACUGUUGAUAUCCUAUUUGGUAGAUAACAGUAAGUAGUAACGACUGUCAAUAAAUACUGAACUUAGGUAUUUUAGCUGCCAAAAAAGUAACUGAAGUAUUUAAGUGCUACAAAUGUGGAAAAUUAAGUAUUUUCGUCACAAAUUGCUCAAUAUUUUAUAAUAAUUUUUUAUUUAAUUUUAAACAUAAAUUAUUUUUUUUAAUUUUUAAAUGAUUUUAAUGUAAUUUUAUAAUAUUUUAAAAAUUAAAAUAAUUUGGACCAAUUAAAAUAUUCCCAAGUCUAUGUGGCAAUCCAACUUGGCAUUGAACAUAUUCUGUUUCAACAAUACCUUUAAUUUGCAAACAAAAGUCAAACAUUAGAAAGUACAGCCAUAAAAAAAAAGAUUAGAGCUUAACAAUAUAAAAAAUGAAAACAUAAGAUAUUUUUAAUAAAAGAUGUAAAAAUUGUGUUAUAUUUAAUACCAAAAAUAAUGUUAUCAUAUAGUUACAUGAGUAAUUUGCGGCAAAAAUACCUAAGUUUUAUACCGAGUAGCAAAUAAAUACCUAAGUCCUAUUUUUGGCGGUAUAUAUACCUUCCGUCACUACUCUGGAACUUCCGUAGGUACCUCUCCGUUUUUUGCAUUGUAAUGUGCCAGGUGUCAUGCCAUGUCAUUAAAAUGUAUGCCACAUCACUCACACCACUUAAACUUAACCAUGCCACAACAUACAUUAAAAACCCUCUUAAAAUAAAACCCUAAGAUUAAUUAAACCCUCUUAAAAUCAAAAUAAAAAUACUUACAAAAAACCAAAAAAUUAAAAAAUAAAUAAAUAUUUUAUAUAACUCAAACCUAAAUAAUCUGAGGCAAAACUUUUCCACCAUUGUUGUAAGCUCGAAGGUGACAGUGAGGCAAUGGGACGGUGGUUUUGCGAUUGUAAACCACCAUUGGAAGUUGCGAUUCGCACCUCUAGGACGAUGAAGAAUCCUGGGAGAAGGUUCAAGUGCUGCCCAAUCCAUAAGACGAAUGGUGGGUGCGAUUUUUUCGAGUGGGUUGACAGGGAGAUGUUUCGAAAUUGUGGAGGUGGAUGUUGUAUCCAUGGAGAUUGGAGUGGGCAUGAAGUUUCGAUGGGGUACUGUUCUGUGCAUCAACAAAGAACAGCCCCUUGCAGCCAUGGAGUUUGUACAAAUGGAGAUGUUGCUACUCAUUGUAGUAGUCAUCACAGUCAUGCACCUUUGGAAGAUUAUAAUGAAAGCACAUCUGCAUUUGAAAGGGGAAAAGAUAAUUAUUGGAUUUGGUUUUUAGGUUGUGUAGUUAUAGUUGUACUCUAUGUAAUGUUGUUCUGAAAUGAAGAAGGCUAAGAAUUGUACUAGUAAGCUUUAAUGUAUGAAUGAAUGACUCUUUUAUGUAUGAAUGAAUUCUCUUUUUUAUUAA